AUGGAAGCGAACUCUGGAAGUUUGGGCCCUGUGGAGGGAAUUGAGGCUGUGGAAGCUUCACCUGUGGAUGCAAACGGCUGUUUUGUGUGUUCCUUCCUCAGCGCUCAGCUGCCUGUGAAAGAUCCUGACGAGACUCACCCGAAAAAGAAAAAACGAGAUGACGCCAAGAAGGUUGAAGAAGUUUCUGCUGCGGUGAAGUCGCUAGCCAAAGCACCGAGGAAACACCAGCAGGCUUCGUUCAGCAAUGCCGCUCGAAUCCGGGAGCCUGCUAAAGAGACUCUGUCCACUUCUUCUGACUUUCCAUCUACAAGACCAGCACAUUCUGCGGUCGACAUAGAAAUGCCAGAAAUUGAUGAAAUGCCUUGUGGAUGCACUACUUGCUUGAAGAAGGAAACACUAUCCCUUCCUUACAAGACAAUUCCAUGUUUGAGCCUGGUGAAGGCAGCAGGUCUUCAUCUGAAAGUCAUAAACAUCUCAUGCUUGUCUCCAUCAUCACCAUCGGUGUACAUCCUUUACAAAAGCGUUGGUGGUGGGGCUGGAAUCGGGAGCACAAGCUGGAAUGGCAAAACCUACAUGAAACCUGCUCUAGAUGGCAUCUCAACACAGAAGCCACUUAUUAAGGAGAGCACUGUGCCAGAAUCCCCGGCUUCAGAAGUUGGCAAAAUGGGGAGGCUUUUCUGCACUGCUGAAGAGGAUGUUAAGCGAGGAGAAAAGGUGAAAUACCAGCAGCUCUUGGAACUGGCAAAGGGAAAAUAUCCCAGAAGUUACCCUGCUCCGCUGCCGACAAGCUUCUUCAACAUUCAACGCUACUCCAAGGAACCAGCGGUGACUGCAAGUGCCCUGGAGGAACCGAGACGUGGAGAUGUCUAUCCGCGUGCGACACUAAAGACCAGUGAGUAUCCCUGUGAUUCACGUCUGCUCCGCUUUGUAGGUAGACUUCAAAUCAAAACAGGGUAUUUCCUUGAGCCUCGAAGGUACUACACACCAGCAGAAAACUUGAACGAACAGGGAAGACCAGUGAAACAAGCCAUUGCAGGGGGACAGUAUGGAGCUGAAAUCUCAGAAGGGAAGUUAUUCGAAUUACACCUGGGACCUAUUCUGCCCAAAAAGUUACCUGCCCUUGAUGUGGAAGAAAAGAAAUUCCCAAGCUCAGAAAAAACAGUAGAACACUUCUCUCCGCUCACAGAGGCCAUGGAGAGAGAGGUGGUUGCCGCGUUUGGCAGAGGUCAGCCAGACGAGAUCAUGAGCAGUGCCUUCAAACUCAAGGUCACUCGGGAGGACAUCCAGACGCUGAGCAACCUCCGGUGGCUCAAUGAUAUGGUCAUUAAUUUCUACAUGAGUCUUCUGAUGGAAAGAAGUAAGAAGGAAGGAUAUCCAGCAGUCCAUGCUUUUAGUACUUUCUUUUAUCCCAAACUAAUUUCUGGAGGCUACAAAGCAGUAAAGAGAUGGAGCAGAGAUGUGGAUCUCUUCAAGCAGGACCUCAUCUUCGUGCCUGUUCACAUGAGAUUGCACUGGACACUAGUGGUCAUAGAUAUCAGAAAGAAGACCAUCAAGUACUUUGACUCGAUGGGACAAAAAGGGGGCAAGACUUGUGAAACUGUGUUCCAAUACAACCUAAACGAAAGCCGGGAAAGAAGAAACCUGGAGCUGACUUUUUCAGAGUGGACUCUCCGCAGCAUGGAGUCAUACGAAAUUCCUCAGCAAUCGAACGGAAGCGACUGCGGGGUUUUUAUGUGCAAAUUCGCCGAUUACAUCUCCAGAGACAAACCCAUAACCUUUACUCAGAGUCACAUGCCUUACUUCCGCAAGAAGAUGGUGUGGGAGAUAAUCCAUCAGCAGCUGCUGUGA